AUGUCCGGACGCUUGCGAGUGCCUUCACCAGUCAAAACUCCAUUUCAAAUCCCAGACUUCAUCCACCGCACGAGGAUGCUUGAAAAGGUUACGCCUUCAACUACCGAGGUCCCUACUGCGACAGGGCCUCAGGACCCAACAUCGGAACAACAAAAUGGUGUGCGUAUCGCAGAAGCCGUGACUAAGUCAUGGUCCAAAAACACUUUGAUCCAGGUGUAUAUCUGCAUGUGGCUCAUGUACUUUGUACGAGCGCUCAAUGGAAGCCUGACCAGCAAUCUAGCCCCGUAUAUUACUAGUGAUUUCAGUAAUCAUUCGCUACUUCCUGUGAUUCAAAUCGUCGUUAGUAUCAUGAGCGCGGCAUGCACUAUGCCAAUUGCCAAGCUUCUGAAUCUGUGGGACCGCACCAUUGCGCUGAGUCUCAUGCUCGUCGUUUCGAUCAUUGGCCUUAUCGUCAUGGCGUGUUGCCACAAUAUCACCAUCUAUUGCGUUGCACAGGCAUUUAUCACCGUCGGCCUUACCGGCCUUAUAUUCUCGCUAGACGUGUUGACCGCAGAUACCUCCACGGCACAGGAUCGAGCCCUCGCGUUUGCCUUCACCUCAUCGCCAUACAUCAUCAUGGCUUUUGCCGGAGCGCCACUUUCUGCAUCCUUCAACGAGGUCAACUGGCGCUGGGCCUACGGCACCAUUGCCAUCCUCCUGCCCGUGGUCACCGUCCCACUGAUCAUAAUCUGGGAGUUGGCCAAAAGAAAAGCCCAAGAGACAGAAACACUAGCACCCGUCCACGAAGAACGCUCCCUAGCAGAGAGCAUCCACUACUACAUCAUCGAAUUCGACAUAAUCGGAAUCCUCCUCCUAAUCGCCGGCUUCUCCCUCUUCCUCCUAGCAUUCGCACUCGCAGGCUCCCAGCCCCAGAAAUGGCAUUCCACACAUAUAAUCUGCAUGAUAGUCAUCGGCGGAGUGACAAUCAUAGCCUUCGCCGCAUACGAGCGCUUCUUCGCCUCAAAGCCCCUAGUCCCAUACAACCUCCUCAUAUCACGCACCGUGACAUUCACCUGUCUCCUGAACCUAACCUAUGUCAUUGCCGCAGAUUGCUGGGCCAGCUACUUCACCUCCUUCCUGCAGGUCGUCUACCACGUCUCCCUAACAGAAGCAGGCUACGUAGUCGCAAUUUCAAACCUAAUCUCCCCCCUCUGGCUAGUGGGAGUAGGCUUCCUAGUCCGCUGGACAGGCCGCUUCAAAUGGCUCCUCCUCUGCGCAAUCCCUGUCUACCUCCUCGCCAUCGGGUUGAUGAUCUAUUUCAGAUCUCCCGGUCAUAGCAUCGGAUACAUAUGUCUUUGUGAGGUCCUCAUUGGUCUGGGAACAGGGACGAUCAUCGCCCUCGAGCAAACAGCCGUUACCACCGCAUCCGAACAUAACGACUACGCAUCUAUGCUUGCGCUGUUAGGUUGGGUGGGUAGUAUCGGUGGUGCGAUUGGGAACAGUAUCUCGGGGGCGAUUUGGACGAAUACCCUGCCCCAGAAACUUAGGGAGUAUUUACCGGACGAGAUGAAGUCACAGUGGAAGGAGAUUAAUGAUUCGCUGUAUGUGCAGUUGAGUUAUGAGGUGGGGUCGCCGACGAGGGUGGCGAUUGAAAAGGCGUAUGCUGUUAGUCAGAGGAAUAUGCUGAUUGCCGGGAUUGCUUUUAUGGCGCUGACUAUCGUGUGGGUUGUGGGGAUUAAGGAUGUUAGGGUUAAGGGGAGGGAUGAUAAGGGGAGGGUGCUUUUUUAG